AUGAAGCUGGGCUUGAAAUUACUCCAGUGGGGUGCCUUUAUCUCUGCAGCCGCGGCGGAGUGCAACGAGAAAUUCACGGCGCAAGUGCUUCCCGACGGCUCGUGCCAGUGCAAGGACAACUUCUACGGGCCCACAUGCGACGGCGUCGACUACGAUCUCGUCUGCGAUCAGGCGCUCGUUUCUGUCAAAGUGAAAAUGUCAAUCUUCGAGAGCAUCGGAAUUGACAGCGCCGAGAACCUCCACCUCAACGACAUGGCCUGCCAGGGCGUUGCUGGCGUCAAUGAAGAAGGAGAAGACAUCGUCGUCUUUUCCAUCACUGGUUCGCCCGCCUCCUGCGGCGCCAGUGUCGAGUCCAACGGCACCUACAUCCGCUACUCCAACUACAUCUCCGACAACGACCAAACCAACGAUCCCUCGAUGACCACCCGAUCCAGAGUCAACAUCGGUUUCCACUGCGCUUUCCCAGUCGACUACCGAGUUGCUCUUCCUGCCAUUGCUCCUACCGUCUCUACUGUUUCUUUCCAGAACGCCCGGGGUCAAUUCGUCGUCAACAUGGAUCUCUUCGCCGACGAAUCUUACAGAAACCCGCUCAGUGCUGAUGGCGCCGUUAUUGGCAAGGGAGAAUGGCUUUAUCUUCAGAUGGCUCUUUUGAACCAAAUUGACGGAAGCGCCUCGAACCUCGUGGCUGAGCAAUGCUGGGCUACACCUGUGCCGCAACCACACUCGGACGCUCCAGACCUUGAAUCUGCAUACCACAAUAUUCUCCUGUCUGGCUGCCCCGUCGACUCCUCCGUCGGCAUUGCCCACAACGGCGACAAAGAAAAGGUCCAGUUCAAGGUCCAAAUGUUCGGCUUCAAAGGCAACAACCCAGAAGUUUACCUUCACUGCGUCGUCCGAGUCUGUGGCGAAAACUGCGAAAAGCAAUGCGGCCGAACCCGACGAGGUGCCGCUGAUGAGAGCAUGUACUCCGACAUCGCCGUCGUCUCCUCCGCCAAGAUCAUCAUCGACGAGCGCGACGAGGUCCAGGUCGAGCAGAUCGCUGAAAUCGAGCCAUUCAUUCACUCCAAAUUCGACGCUACCAUCAUCUACGUUCUUUCCGCCAUCUUGGUCUUGGUCGUCUUCGCUAUCUUUGCCGCCGCUCUUAUGAUUCACCAAAAAAGCAGGAUCUCCCUUCUGGACGCAGAAGUCAACGCUGAUUCGAAAACCGCGGUGGCGAACAAGAACGCCGGAACUGCUUUUUCGCGACUUUUUAAAACGCCGCUAAAUACUGGCUGCCACUAG